AUCUAAAUGUCUACACAAUUUCCAUCUCAUAUAUAGCUCUCGAUUUCUAUUAUAUUUUUGUCUAUCUUAAUUGAAUUGUGUGAUUUCAUGUUCCACUGAUGCACACAAAUCUCACAAGUCACAAAUAUUUGGCAUGUAGUUAACUUUGUGAUCUAUUACUGCACUAUAGAUUGAAUUAUGGAGAAGGUUAUUAAUCAUUUCUGUCAUGAACAUCCUUUAUUUACUUGUAAACAAGAUGAGGCGAGUUUAGAUUGUUAUGUGUGUGGUGAUGUGGUAAGUAAUUUGGAGUCGGCAUAUGCUUGCAAGCAACCUCAAUGUAAUAAUAGCAGUAAUAGUAGAAUUAUCCUCCAUGAAAGAUGUGGUGAGAUGCCUAGUCGAAUUUUUUCGCAUCCCUCCCACCUUGAGCAUCCUCUUCACCUAUUUGAUUAUCGACAUUUGUCGGCUGGAUAUUUUUGUAAUCUAUGUGGUGCCACAAUAGGUAGCAAGGUAGGGUAUAGGUGUCCUAGUUGUGAGUUCGACAUCCAUAUUGAAUGCUGCAAAUUAGGUGUGUUAAUUAAAGAGAGAGUAGAAGUGCAACACCCGAGUCACGUGCAUCCAUUGACACUGAUGAGGAAGAAUGCUUUUCAAUUUAGUUGUGAUGGCUGUGGCACUCAAGAUAUGGACAUGGCGUAUAUCUGCAGCACGUGCGAGUACUGGGUGCAUGCGACUUGUGCUUCAUUGCCCCUCCUUCUCCCUCAACACCACCACCACCACCACCUUUCCCUGGCCUUCACUUUCCCAAUGGAACAUCGCAAAUACAGAUACAUGUGUGAUGUUUGUGACAAAGAUUUUGACAUGACAUGUUGGCUAUAUUUCUGUGGUGAUUGCAGAUACUUUGCCCAUCUCAAGUGUGCUGCUACACCCACCACCAACACACCAAAACAAGACCAUUUUUUGCUAGGUAGUUCUAUGGCUACCGCAGAAGAAGUCCGUGCUCUCAAGGAGCAACUACAGCGUUUGAUUGAGGCGCAGGAAAACCGCGAUGCUCAGAAGCAGCCUCCCAUCAAUGAGGCGUUCACUCCGCAGUAUCAGUAUCAUGAGCCUCCAAGAGUCAACGCAAAUAAUUUUGAGCUUAAGACUGGUUUGAUCACCAUGGUGCAGCAAAACCAGUAUGGAGGCAAAGCUGUGGAGGACCCUAAUGCACAUUUGGCGCAAUUCCUGGAGCUGUGCAGCACUGUUAAGAUUAAUGGAGUCCCAGAUGAUAUUAUACGACUCCGCCUUUUUCCAUUCUCACUCAGGGAUAAGGCAAAGUCGUGGUAUCAAACUCUACAGUUGGGAGCCAAUCCAGUAUGGGGGGACUUGGCAGAUCUUUUCCUACGGAAGUUUCAUCCUCCUGGGCUUACUUUGAAGUUGAAGAUGGACAUUCUUCAAUUUCAGCAAUUUGAUGGAGAGACUUUGGCUGAAACAUGGGAAAGAUACCAGGAGAAGCUGAGGAAGUGCCCGUCCCAUGGCUUUGAUGAGGGGACUCUGGUGGUCAUGUUUUACAAUGCGUGUGGUGAACGUGCGAAAAUGUUUAUGGAUACAGCAGCUGGAGGUUCUCUGCUCAAGAAAGGAAGCUCGGAGGCAAUGGAGAUCAUUGAAAGCAUGGCUACUACAAGUUAUCAAUGGCCAUCCGAGAGAGUUCAGUUGAAGAAAGUUGCUGCUGCGUCCAGCUCAGAUCCCAUGGUAUUGAUUUUGAUUCAGCUGGCAGAGAUGAACUCGAAGAUCAAUGCUAUGACUGUUGGCAAUCCUGAGCCGGCUGUGGAGAUCCCAACAGGCGUAGAAGACGCCAACUACAUCAAUGGCAGAAACUAUGGGAACUUUCAGCAUGGGCAACAGGGUGGAUACAAUAGUGGACAACAGUUUCAUCAUGGAGGGCGUCCACAUCCCAAUUUGGCUUAUGGGAAUUCUAAUAACGCGCUUCAGGCUCCACCAGGCUUCUCUGUCACCAAUGGAGUCAUCAAUGAGGAGAAGAAGCCUAAUUUGGAAGAGCUGCUGAUGAAAUUUAUCUGCAAGUCCGACGAGAGGAUGGAAAAGCUAGAGUCCAAUGCCGUUGCUGUGGGGACUCAAAUGAAGAUGUUCGAGACCCAAUUGGGUCAAAUAGCCACCACCGUUAACAAACUCCAACAGUCGGGCAAUCUCAUAAACAAUGCCAAGGUGAAUGCCAAGGAGCAGUGCAUGGCCAUCAGAUUGAAGAAUGAAGCCACCUCUGAAGGUAGCCAUGGAUCUCGUGAGAUGGAGAGAGGAGAGCUAUCGUGGAGAGUCCAUGAGAAAGGCCGACGACUUCCACCUCAUCUGCGUCCUCCUGGGUGGAUGCCGUUUCCCCAGCGUCAUUUUAAGAUGGUUGAUCUGCCGAGCGGGACUACACAGGAAGGGGCCAUGACGGCAAAAGAUGAGAGUGCACAGCUGAUUGAAGAAAGAGCUGCGGAGGUCACUGUUGAGGUUUCUGGCAGAAAGAAUGAUGAAAAGCAAAAAGCUACUUCGCCAGCAACUGUGACUACACCUCUCCCUCAGCGCCAGAAGAAAGAGAGGGGGCAAGAGCAGUUCUCCAAAUUCUUAGAGAUCUUCAGGAAAGUACAUAUUAAUAUUCCAUUGGUGGAAGCACUGCAGGAGAUGCCGCAGUAUGCUAGAUUCCUGAAGGACAUUAUCUCGAGGAAGAGGAGGCUGGAAGAGUUUGAGACAGUGAAUCUCAAUGAAGAAUGCAGCGCAAUCUUGCAGAGGAAGCUGCCGGCGAAGAUCAAAGAUCCGGGUAGCUUCACACUUUUCUGCAUUAUUGGAGGCCAGCAUUUCAGAAGGUCACUCUGCGACCUGGGGGCGAGCAUCAAUCUCAUGUCGUUAUCUGUUUUCAAGCAGCUGGCAAUUGGGGAGUUGAAGCCGACAUCUAUGAGGCUGCAGAUGGCAGACAGGUCGGUCACUUAUCCUCGUGGAAUUGUGGAGAAUGUGCUCGUGAAGGUGGGGGAUUUUAUUCUCCCUACCGAUUUUGUGGUUCUAGACAUUGAGGACGACAACAAAAUUCCGCUAAUUUUGGGGCGCCCGUUCCUUGGAACGGGAAGAGCUUUGAUUGAUGUGGAGAAAGGAGAACUCACGCUGAGAGUUCACAAUGAAAGCCAAACGUUCUAUGUCUAUGAAUCGUGCUGCAUCCACAAGAAUGAAGUGCCCAAGAGAGCAAAGGAUCCGGGUAAGGGUAGAGUUGAUGUUCUAAAUACUUUUGAUGAGGAUCAGUUUUCUUGGCAGGACCCAGGUGAUCAGAGUUCGCAGGAAGGGAGCAUGGCUGGCAAGAGUGGAGCAGGGAGCAGUCGGUCGCAGCACUGCUUGUACCAGCCUCCUUGAAGAGUUUGCUAUUAUGUCGAGCUAACGACGUUAAAAAUAGCACUUAUUGGGAGCCAACCCAAUCUUGGUUAGUUCGUUUCUUUUUGUUUAGUUUGUUUGUUUUUGUGCCCCACAAUUUCUUUUCAAACUUAUUCUCUUUGAUGGUGAAUAAGUUUGGGGGGAUGUGUCUUUGUGGGUGCAUUUUUUGUUGGUUGUUCUUGUUUGUGUCGUCGUUGAGUUGUUUAGUCUUGCUUUGGUGGUUCUCUCUGUGAUGUUACCUUGAUGAUAAUAUGAGCUGUGCAGGAAUUAGUUGGAUAAUUGGCUUAUGAUGAUUUCUGCUUUAAAAUUGUGAUGUUGCAUGCAUUUGUGUUGAUAUUGUUGUGAUUGAGCAUGAUUGAUGAAUAAUAAGCGUGGUCUCUAUGUGUUUGCAAUCAAUGAAAUAAGCUGUGAGAUUUGAACCUUGACUAUCAUUAUUUUUACAGUCUUAUUUUUGUUUCUUGAGUGAUUGUUCGAGCUUGCAUGUGUCUCACUAGAACUUGUCUUGGUUUCUCCCUCGAGGCCACAUAGUGUGCUUAAUAACUUUGAGAUGAUAGAAGGCCGUCUUUGCUUGCCU